UUUAUCUAUCGAUCAGUCGUCAGUUUCACAGCGAAUGUUGCUGAAACAGGUCUUCAAGUAAAAUUUUGUCGGAAAACAGUGUAAUAACAUUUUUCAUCGUUACUAGUGUCAUUAAAAAAAGUGAAUCUUAAAAAAUAUAAUUAUAAGCAAUUGUAAAAUAGAAAAUUCAGAAAUAUGACGACAAGUUUUAAAAUUAAUGGUCAACCUCACACAGUUAAUUUGUCUACUUUACCAGCUGAUAUAACUUUGAAUACUUUCAUAAGGGAACAUGCCCAACUAACAGCCACCAAGUUUAUGUGUUUGGAAGGUGGUUGUGGUACUUGUGUGGUCGCUGUAAAAGGAAAGCAUCCUGUUACCGGUGAAUUAAAAACAUGGGCUGCAAAUUCGUGCUUAACAUUGUUAAACAGUUGUGCUGAUUGGGAAAUUACAACCAAUGAAGGUCUUGGAAAUAAGCGCAAUGGCUAUCAUCCCAUACAAAAACGCAUGGCGAAAAUGAAUGGUUCACAAUGUGGUUUCUGUACUUCAGGGUUUAUUAUGAACAUGUAUGGUUUACUUGAAUCAAAGGGAGGCAAAGUCAGCAUGGCAGAGGUGGAAAACUCCUUUGGAGGUAACAUUUGCCGUUGUACUGGCUACAGACCAAUUCUGGAUGCCAUGAAAUCCUUUGCUGUCGAUAGUAAUAUACAGGUGCCACAAGAAUGUCUAGACAUUGAAGAUCUUACCAAUAAGAAAUGUCCCAAAACGGGACAAUUGUGUGCUGGUUCAUGUCACAAGCCCCUACAGUAUUUGGCAUAUGACGAUGGCUGUGAAUGGUAUUGGCCAAAAACUCUCACCGAACUAUUUGACAUCCUCUCCAAAGUCAGCUCAAAUGACGAAUAUAUGUUGGUGGCUGGUAACACAGCUCAUGGUGUAUAUAGAAGAUCGGAAAAUAUUAAACAAUUUAUUGAUGUAAAUGCCAUCGGUGAUUUAAAACAGCAUGAGCUUACAAAUGAUUAUUUAAAAUUGGGUGCGAAUUUAAGUCUCACUGAAACAAUGGAUAUUUUCAAUGAAGCUUCCAAAAAACCUGGUUUCGAAUAUUGUGAACAAUUGUGGAAUCACUUCGACCUAAUAGCUAAUGUCCCAGUAAGAAACACUGGCACUUUGGCGGGUAAUAUUUCGACAAAGAAAAAGUAUCCCGAAUUUCCAUCAGAUGUAUUUUUAACAUUUGAGACGUUAGAUGCUCAAGUGGUAGUUAAUAUGGAUGCAACAAAACAAGAAACAAUGUCCCUAUCCGAUUUCCUGAAGAACAAUACACCGAAAAUGGUAAUUGCUGCAUUCGAGUUGAAACCUUAUCCCAAGGAUAAAUAUAUAUUCAAAUCCUACAAGAUCAUGCCCCGUGCCCAAAAUGCACACGCUUUUGUCAAUGCUGGAUUUUUAUUUGAUGUUGAGAAAUCGGGAAAAGUUAACAAUGCACGCAUUUGUUUUGGUGGUAUAACAGCAGAAUUCGUCCAUGCCUCAAGCAUUGAGGAACUCCUUAAGGACCAAAUAUUUCAUGAUAAGGCCAUAGUAGAGAAGAUAUUUGCGGAAUUACCGAAUGCUUUGCAACCCAACGCAGUACUGCCAGAUCCUUCUCCAGAAUAUCGCCGAAAACUGGCCUGUGGGCUCAUGCUAAAAUGCCUUCUAGAUAUUGCACCUUCCGAUAAAGUAAAACCAGAAUUUAAAAGUGGAGGUCCAAUAUUAAAACGAGACCUCUCCUCAGGUUCGCAAACAUUUGAGUCGCAAAAAAAGAAUUACCCUCUUACACAGCCCAUACAAAAGGUUGAAGCUUUGAUUCAGUGUUCAGGCGAAGCUACAUACAUGAAUGAUGUUCUGACUCUGGAUAAUUCUGUCCACUGUGCCUUUGUUAAUGCCACAAAAGUUGGUGCUUCUAUUGAACAAAUCGAUGCAUCCGAAGCCAUGAAGAUGCCUGGUGUUAUUGCGUUUUAUUCAGCUAAAGAUAUUCCUGGCUCUAACACUGCUGUUGAUCCUGCAUUUGGUUACGAAGUUGAGGAAUUGUUCACAGCAGAAAAUGUACGCUACUACGAUCAACCACUGGGUAUGAUUGUGGCCGUAACAAGUGAUAUUGCGAAUAGAGCAACUUCUAAAAUCAAAGUGAUCUAUUCGAAUGGUAGUGACUUGGUCAUGCCAACUCUGGGAGAUGUUUUCGAUAACAAUAGAAUGGACCGUGUUCACAAUGUCGCUCCCUCCAAACUUAGGGAUAUUAAAUUAACUGCUGAAGCGGACAUAACUGGCAAAGGAAUCUUUGAAAUGGGUUUACAAUAUCACUUCACGAUGGAACCCCAAACAUGUGUAGCAGUUCCAUUCGAAGACGGGCUACAGGUUUGGUCCACAACUCAAUGGAUAGAUCACACACAGAGUGUUAUUUCGAAAAUGUUGCAAAUAAAAGCAGCUGACGUACAAAUGAAAGUUAGACGUCUCGGUGGUGGUUAUGGAAGUAAGAUCACCCGCGGAAACGCAGUUGCUUGUGCCGCAUCUUUGGCUGCAUACAAACUUAAUCGUCCAGCACGCUUUGUGCAAACCAUUGAAUCGAUGAUGAAUUCUAAUGGUAAACGAUGGGGGUGUCGUUCAGACUAUGAAUUCCACAUAAAAUCUAAUGGCAAAAUUGUGGGUUUGAAAAAUAUCUUUUAUGAAGACGCUGGAUGCACUUUGAAUGAAAAUCCUGUUCCUGACCUGUCAACAUUAUGUGCAAAAAAUUGUUAUGCAUUCACGGCGGACAACUAUAAAUUGGAGGGAAAUGCUGUUAUUACUGACGCCACCAGUUCCACUUGGUGUCGUGCUCCAGGUUCUGUUGAAGGUAUUGCUAUGAUUGAGAACAUAAUGGAACACAUCGCUUUUGAAGCAAAUGUGGAUCCUGCUGAUGCGCGUCUUGUUAAUUUACAGCCAGGGAAUAAGAUGAAUGAAUUAUUACCACGCUUUCUUAAAUCCACUGAAUACAGAAAACGACGCCAGGAGAUUGAUAGUUUUAAUGAGAAAAACAGAUGGAUUAAAAGAGGUUUGGGUUUAGCAAUCACUGAUUAUCCUCUUAUGUAUUUUGGGCAGUAUCCUGCAACUGUCUCUAUUUAUCAUACUGAUGGUUCGGUGGUGAUAUCUCACGGUGGCAUAGAAAUGGGUCAAGGAAUGAAUACGAAAAUAACACAGGUUGCUGCCUACGUACUAGGCAUUCCAGUGGAAUUUGUAAAAAUUGAAGCCAGUGACACCUUGAAUGGUGCUAACUCUAUGGUCACAGGCGGAAGUGUAGGCAGUGAAAGUGUUUGUUUCGCUGUACGAAAGGCCUGCAAUACAUUAAAUGAACGUUUGAAACCAAUCAAGGAUUCCAUGAAAAAUAAAGCUACUUGGACGGAGGUUGUACAAGCUGCCUGGAUAAAGAACAUUAAUCUAAUUGCAAGCGACCACUACAAAAUGGGUGAUUUGCAAAACUAUAAUAUUUACGGUUUAUCUCUAACCGAACUUGAAGUAGACAUCUUAACAGGUAAUCACUUGAUCAAACGCGUUGAUAUCUUAGAAGAUGCUGGUGAAAGUUUAAGUCCAUACAUUGAUAUUGGACAAAUAGAAGGGGCAUUUGUAAUGUGCUUGGGCUACUGGCUAACUGAGCAAAUGGUAUAUGAUCGCACAACAGGCCAACUAAUGACUAAUCGUACAUGGAACUAUAAACCACCUGGUGCCAAGGAUAUUCCUAUCGAUUUUCGCAUUGAACUUUUGCCUGGUAGUCCCAACCCAGCAGGUUUCCUACGUUCUAAAGCAACCGGCGAACCUCCCAGUUGCCUUGCAGUCAGCGCAAUUUUCGCCAAAGAGCAUGCAUUACAUUCGGCACGCAAAGAUGCCGGCCUGAAGAGGGAAUGGGUACGUUUCGGUGCCCCAACCACCCCAGAAACGUUUGUACAGAAUGCUGGUAAUGAUAUUUCAGCUUUUUCCUUAGAAUAACUCAAAUUCAUACACUUACACAUGUACAUUGUACUAAAUAUGUAUUAUAUAAUUAUAUUGUUGAUAGAAAUGUUCUGUUCGUUUGCAAACUGAUCAGGUACAUUUGCAUUUAUAAAGCAGUAGUGAUAUUGCUUUCCAAUUAAUAAAUUUAAGGUGUUGGUCGAAUUAAUAAAUUAAAAA